UGCUCCGCUAGCAGCAGCGGCUUCUCAGUCCAGCUCUAAUUGUAAGCCAGCAGUCGUAAGGAGAGGGGAUCGGGGCGAAAGGCUGGAUAGCGGAACCCAGAAGUGGAAUCGGGAAGCCGAAUUGGGAUGCAGGUGAGAGCAGUGCGAUCCUUGAAGAGUCUCUGAAAUACUUUGUCACUGCUAACAGUGGACAAGCUUGCCGUGUAAGCCUAUCCAGGGACUUCAUGUUGCUUUAAAUAAAACCUUAAUUGCCCCAGUUCGUAAAGUGCACGAUAUCCUUUCAGAGAAAGGGGCAGCUCUCCUUACAGGCAACCAAUAACCUAGCUGUCCUACAAGAACGUGAACUAGGAGUUGGGAGAAGGCCAGAUGUCAACCAAGCCUUUCAUAAUCUCUUAGGUCACAUAGCAAUAUGUCAGCUCUGACAGAAUGAGUAUUUUCCAUUCUAGAAAAGAGGUAAUAUAAGAGUUUGAUUUUUCCUUCAAAUCUCUGGAUAGUAGAAACUGACUGCAAAGCUGAAUUCAGAUUUUGUUCUAUUUAUCUUGGUUGUUGUUGUUUUUUAAAGCUUGGAUCCAAAUUAAUUUCAUGCUAUUUUUAAAGACUAAUAUACAAAGUGCCUUACUGAAGGAUCUCUUUUCUCGACUCUGAAGAGCAGCUGAACUGUUCCUAGCAGCCACAGUGGGACAGAACACAUCAGCACACCACUUUGGAUUAUGUUCUGGAAAACUGCAGACCAAAGAAGCUGAUAAUCUGGGCACUUUAUGUUGUGUGUUAAGCGUGCUGGAUAUUCCUUGCUGGAGGUUAGAACUCCAGGAAAGGUGAACCAUAGUGGAUUUGAUUUUAUUGGGAACUGCUGUAGUUUCUCUGCUGGCUCUGUGUCUGGCAUCUCCAGUUCUGAAUUGUGCUUGAUGGGGUUUUUUCCUAGGGGUGCCAACCUUACAACUAAGGACAGAAUACUAGAGUUGGGGGACUUGGCUUCUAUGUGCCAAAAGCCAUAUCGGCUUAAUCCCCAAACAAAAGUCUGUUGUUGCAACAGUUGCCUUCUGUACUGUAUUAAGAAGGAGAACUACAUAAUUGUGCAACAUAACGUCUAAGAUGGAACUAAAAGAGGCUCAUCAUGCCAAUGGAGUGGUGCUACCCAUUGUUGCUGGGCCUAUAGACUGUCUCUCCAGCCCUGACCGAGAACAUCUCGUCGAGUCUUCUGAUUUUUUAGGACCAGAAGGAGGAGGAGGCAUGGAAGUGGUGGUGAUAGAAUCCCGAGCCAAUGCCAAAGGGGUGCGGGAAGAGGAUGCCCUGCUGGAAAAUGGCAGUCAGGCUACUGAAAGUGAUGAUACGAGUACAGACCGGGGCCCAGAACCAACCUCUCCUCUCAAAGAGACUUCCUUUUCUAUUGGGCUACAAGUCGUCUUUCCAUUCCUGCUGGCAGGGUUUGGAACAGUGGCUGCGGGGAUGGUGCUGGAUAUUGUGCAGCACUGGGAUGUCUUCAAGUAUGUGACCGAAGUAUUUAUCUUGGUUCCAGCUCUCUUGGGACUGAAAGGGAAUUUGGAGAUGACACUAGCUUCUCGCCUUUCUACUGCUGCUAACAUAGGGCAAAUGGACACACCAAAAGAGCUCUGGAAGAUGAUAAUAGGGAACAUGGCUCUGAUACAGGUUCAAGCAACAGUCGUUGGUUUUCUGGCUUCAAUUGCUGCAGUGAUAUUUGGCUGGAUCCCAGAUGGACACUUCAGCGUUGGCCAUGCCAUUCUUCUUUGUGCCAGUAGUGUGGCCACUGCCUUCAUUGCCUCCCUUGUGCUGGGCAUGAUCAUGAUUGGCGUAAUCAUUGGUUCCAGAAAGAUGGGUAUCAAUCCUGACAAUGUGGCUACACCUAUUGCUGCCAGUCUUGGUGACCUCAUUACCCUUGCUCUGCUUUCUGGGAUAAGCUGGGGCCUUUAUAUAGAACUGGAGGACAAGGCUUAUGUGAAUCCAUUGGUGUGUGCUUUUUUUGUUGCACUGCUGCCCCUUUGGAUCAUCAUUGCUAAGCGGAAUCCAGCAACCCAGGAGGUACUAUAUUCUGGCUGGGAACCAGUCAUCAUUGCCAUGGCAAUUAGCAGCGUUGGAGGAUUGAUAUUGGAUAAAACUGUGUCAGAUCCAAAUUUUGCAGGAAUGGCAGUCUUUACUCCUGUUAUAAAUGGUGUUGGUGGCAAUCUGGUGGCUGUUCAGGCUAGCCGCAUCUCCACUUAUCUCCAUAUGAGUGGGAUGCCUGGAGAGAAUUCAGGGAUAGCCCCUCGCAAGUGUCCAAGCCCCUGUAGCACCUUCUUCAGUUCAGAUGUGAAUUCACGGUCUGCUCGGGUGCUCUUCCUCCUGGUUGUGCCUGGCCAUUUGGUUUUCCUUUACACCAUCAGCUCCAUGCAGGGAGGCCACACUACCCUCACUCUGAUAUUCAUAGUUUUCUACAUGACUGCAGCACUUCUCCAGGUUCUCAUUCUUCUUUACAUUGCUGACUGGAUGGUUCAUUGGAUGUGGGGUCGAGGCCUGGACCCGGACAACUUUUCUAUACCUUAUUUGACAGCACUGGGUGACUUGCUUGGGACAGGUCUCCUGGCACUCAGCUUCCAUAUCCUCUGGCUAAUUGGGGAUCGGGAUACUGAUGUGGGAGACUAACAGCACCUUUCCUCAGCUUCUUCAGUCCCCAGUUCAUCUCCUUCAGUGACAUUCCCCUGCCCCCAUGAAGCUUUGUUGCCACCCUCUUUCUUUGGGACUUUAACUUUGAUACUAGGUUCUCAUUAUUUUCAAUGGGAAUGUUAUGUGGUUUAUAUUUCAAGCCAAGUAUGUACAGGAGAAUUAGUUUUAGGAAGGACAGAAGAAGAAGAAAAUAUGUAAAGACAAUCACCAAGUGCAAUUUCAAAAUGGUUAACUAUAAGAUAUAAUAGAGAAAAAUUGAUCAGCAAAUUUUAAAGAAAUCCCACCUUCCUCCAUCUGUACCCACUUAAGGCACUAGAUCAAUGUUUUUCAAACUUGGCAACUUCAAGAUGCUGGCUGGGGAAUUCUGGGAGUUGAAGUCCACACAUCUUGAAGUUGCCAAAUUUGAAAAACACUGUACUAGAUAUACAAGGCUAUCACCUGUAUAACAUAUGUGUAUGUGAAUAAUUAAGAUGCAGCUGGGAUUUGGUUUGUUUUUAAACUAGGCACAUAUUUUUCAUCUGUUAUCACAAUUGAGCUCUGAAAUAGAUUAAGUGGUUUGGAUACAUACAUACCAUCCUUGCUUAUCCAUGAUAGUAUAGCACAUUUAAUUGAUCAGGUCUUUGUGGAUCUGAAAAUCUUCAAUAUGUGGGACUGAGACACGUCUUAAUGUUUUGAUACUAAAUCAUGAUACUACAGGUGAAGACAACUAUAGGUGCUUAGCACUUCCUCAGAUCUACAACAUUCAAAUAAAGUUAUUGGGUGCAUCUCAAAGUAGUUUGUUAGAUGUUACCCAGAGCCAACCUGAUGCAUUGUAACAUCAAUGUGCUGUUGUACCAAGGUCCAACUGGUUUGUUUCAAAAGCCUUCACAUGAAAUACAAUUAAAAAUGAAAGCUCCUCACAUAAUUUUUGUAGGCUUAUCUUGAAGUUUAGACUUGUAUACCAGCAUUGUCCUGUUUGCAUGGUAGAGUUAUAAAAAUUGGCUGGUACUACCCAUAUUUGUCAGUCUGCAUGGUAGUGAGACCCUUCACAUUUUCAACAUAAGUUCUGUCUUCUAGGUCGAAAGUCAGAACAUCCAUAGUGUUACAACCAGUUGAAAAAUGCUAUUAUCAUGAAUCUGAAGAAACAGCAUUUAUUUUAUAAUACUUUUUUCAUGAAAAAUGAGACAUUAGGAAGAUCUUAGUGUUGUAAAAACCAGAUUACAGAUGAUUUGGAUGUUUUGGAUAGCAACUGAACCUGUGGAAGCAACAAAAGAUCAGGUUCUGUGAGCAGGGAUUUUUGGUAUGAAGUAUUCUCUUCUUACUAUCAAGUUCUCCAGAAUUCAUCCUCUCACACUACAUUGUUUGCAUAGAUGGAGCUUCUGCGUAAGUAGCUCAAAAUAUUUUAAUAGGGAAUGCCAAAUUAGUUACAUAAAACAAGAUGUGAAAGGGGGAUCUUUUUCAUUUUAUCCAAGAAUGGAAAUUAAGAUUCUGGGCUGUCCCAGAGAGAGUGGAGGCCUAUUGUGCUGCAUUUUAUUUGGUAUUGAACUCAACCAUAUAACCAAAAUUGCUGGGACACCUACCUCUUUUGUGUAUGACUCACUAGUCAUAUACAUUUCCUCAAUGCAGAACUCCAUUAAAGCUUUUUUUUAAGGCUCUUUUGCUUCAGCUGCUCUAUAAUCAAGGACUGUUUUGAACUGCUUGCUUUAAUUACUAAUAAAGCUGAAGCAGGAGGAAGGGAUGGAGGAGUGUCGAUAGAUGGACCCUUGGAAAUCCUGGGUCCUAGGUUUGACUUACUACUAUCAAAAUUCAUAGGGCUACCAAAUAUGGGUUGCAAAAAUUCAGAGAACCAUCAGAUGGCAACAACACUUUUGAACUUCUUAACAUUUCUUUUCUGCCUUCUAGUGGUUGCCUGGGAGGUUGCAGCCCUAAACUUACCCAAGUAAUUAAACUGAAAGCCUGUGACUUUCAGAAAAGUGGUGAGUCCUUUUUGCUGGAAUUGAGCUGUUACCUGGAAUGUAACCGUGGCUUUCCUGCAAGUUACUCUUAAAAACAAUGUUGCUGCAAUUUAGGGGGCUUGACCAAAAUUAAAAUUCUGAGUGGAAGUGAAUAUAUGCACAGUAUAUUCCACAGGAGCUUCUGUAGACUGCAACUAUUUUUAGGAUAGUCCUAUGACCUAGUUUAGUUUGCAGCCUGGGUGCUGCCAUCACCAUAUUUUAAUGUAUCAUUAAGGGAGGCUCUGAAUUCAUGCUGCAACUGUUUGUGAGAUAAUCCUUCUGUGUGCAUGAUGCCCUUGGUAAUUUGGGAGUAAUGGAUAUGGCUGAAGAUGUCGUGCUUGUCUGCCCUCUGUGAACACAAGUGUUUGCACUGUGCGGUUCCUUCAGAUUUUAGUAGGUGCAAAUGCUUAGUUUCUGCUUACGAAAUAUAAGUUAUCUAAUUACUUUCAGAAGAGUCUAAGGGUUUCAUCCUAUCUUAAGCAUUUAAGUCUUAAACUCUUUAAAGAUGUUUCACUUGCCUUAUCAGCAUCUAAAUGUCCAGUUAGCAUCUAAAUGUCCAGUCAUUUUUAAUCUAACACUUUAAGCACUUUUCUUAUAUAUAUAUAAUACCACAUAAGCAUCAUUUUUCCUCAUUGUGUUUGUCUCUCUGGUUAAUAUCUGUGUCACUGGAUCUCAUUAAAGGAUAUUCAUCUCCUAGUUAAAUUUAGCCCUUCAUCCAGGAGCCAAAAUGUUAGUGCUGCUUGGGUGAGAUCCCUGAAUUUUAUUGCCUUGAAAGUGGUGAGGUGGGAAGCAAAGUGCAAGUAAAUGAACAGAAUGUUGUAAAAAAAUAAUAAUUUUAUACUCACCAGUUGCACUCAAAUGCAUGUAUAUUUAGACUUGGCUGCAAAUGAAAAUUAAGCUAUUGGUUUAUACUUUUAUUCAAAGAAGAAAACAAAUUCCUUAUUUAUAGUUGCUGUAACUGAAUUGACAAAUAUCAAUUUAACUGAUAAAUUAUAUUUGGUAAAAUAAAGAUUUACAUUUAUUUA